AUGAACGAGGCGCAGUCACACAAAUGGCCUUAUUUUUCAGGUGCUCGAAGUAAUGAGGAGGACAAGAGGAUGGAGAGAGCGGAGCGGCAACGCGACGUCGCCAGGAGUCCGGAGAACAAGGUCCAGCUGCAAGGUUUGCAGAUGAUCCUCCCAGACUACCUGCAGGAGAGCUUUGUGCAGGCCGCCCUCAGCUACAUUGCGUGUAACGGAGAGGGAGACUUCAUGUGCAAAGACAACGACUGCUGGUGCCACUGUGAACCACAGUUCCCAGAAUGCAACUGUCCAUACAUGGACAUCCAGGCCAUGGAGGAGAGUCUGCAGCGGAUCACGCAGACCUGGGGUCUCAUGUACAAAGAGUUUGAGGAGUCAGAGCUGGAGCUGUUUGUAGCCGUCAGCAGCAGACAGCAGGUCCUCCCCAGAGCUCAGAACAUCCACCAGGACCCUUCCUAG